AUGCAGAAACAUGUCACUCCCGCAAAGGUUCCGUGCACAAACUGUGUUGCCUUUUCUAUUGAAUGUCGGAUUCCCAUUCCCAAGCGAAAAAGAGCCAGUGCUGCUCGAGCCAAAGAUGAGGAGAGUGAGACCGGCGACUCACAACAGGCCGGCACGCCUACAGAACCUCGCCUCACUCGACCGGCACAACCAAAGCCUACCGUUGGCUACAACUCCCCAGAUGGCAUUCCCUCGACGCAGAUGUCAGAGGCGCAAGCCGCCCAACAAGCUGCGAACAACAGCACCAUGGCACAGUUCAUGAAGCCUAAAUUUGCCCGAGCGCCCAUCAAAGAAGCCGGCCGAGUGGCAUAUCUUGGAGAGUCGUCAAACCUAUCAUUGCUCGUCCAUGACCGGCAUGGUACCACAGACGUCGUCCACUACCCCUUGCCGGAGAAUAUUCGAGGCGCCCGCGCUCGCCUAACAGAGCCAGACCAGAUGGAAAUAGAAAUUCUCCAGCAGAGGGGGGCGUUCCUACUUCCACCCCGUGCGUUGUGUGAUGAGCUCGUCGAUGCUUACUUUCGAUGGGUCGCUCCUAUUGUGCCAGUCAUCAAUCGAAGCCGGUUCAUGAAGAGAUACAAGGAUACCAAGAACCCGCCAUCGUUGCUGCUGCUGCAGGCCAUCUUGCUGGCUGGCUCCAGGGUUUGCACCAACCCGCAACUGAUGGACGCCACUGGUUCGACCACGCCGGCUGCAAUGACUUUUUACAAACGUGCAAAAGCGCUGUACGAUGCAAACUAUGAAGAUGACCGCAUUACCAUUGUCCAGGCUUUGAUACUGAUGGGCUGGUACUGGGAGGGCCCCGAAGCAGAUGUGACAAAGAAUGUCUUCUAUUGGACCAGGGUAGCCAUUGUGGUUGCCCAAGGAGCCGGAAUGCAUCGAAGUGUGGAAAGUUCUCAACUAAGCAGACAAGACAAGCGACUGUGGAAGAGAGUAUGGUGGUCUCUCUUUACGAGGGAUCGAUCAGUAGCAGUGGCUCUCGGCCGACCCGUUUCGAUCAACACGGACGAUUCCGACGUCGAGAUGAUCACGGAGGAAGACUUUAUCGAAGACGAGGGCGACCCGAACAAUGACUACCAGGCCGAUCCAGUCCACAUUCAGUUCUUCUUGCAAUAUGUCAAACUCUGCGAGAUCAUGGGUCUCGUGCUUUCUCAGCAAUAUUCAGUGGCAUCAAAAGCUCGGCGGACCAACGCAAUCGAUCUAACUCACAGCGACAUGGCAUUGGCAGACUGGCUACAGAACUGCCCUCGUGAAGUAUAUUGGGAACGCUCACGCCAUCAUUUCUGGUCUGCCCUUUUACAUUCCAACUACUAUACCACUCUGUGCUUGCUGCACCGAGCCCAUAUGCCGCCAGCAACAGCAAAACCCCAUGACUAUGAAAAUGUCGACAUGGCUUAUCCUUCGAGGACGAUUGCAUUCCAGGCUGCUGGAAUGAUUACUUCGAUUAUGGAAAACCUUCUUGCUCACGACCAAGUCAAAUACACGCCUGCAUUCAUUGUGUACAGUUUGUUCUCUGCACUGAUUAUGCACGUUUACCAAAUGCGGUCUUCGGUGCCGUCGGUGGUUGCUGCGAGCCAGGAGCGCAUCAACGUUUGCAUGAACGCCUUGAAGGAGGUUUCGAAAGUCUGGCUAGUGGCCAAAAUGGUCCACACCCUGUUCGAAUCCAUCCUCGGCAACAAGGUGCUGGAGGAGAGACUCCAGAAAGCCACUGGGAAGAAGGCUCAAAGGGCUAAAGUCAACCUACGUGACCAAGGUCACGUUCAGGCCAACGGCAAUUCGAACGGUAUCGGAAGUGCCACACCUGUACCGGCGCCGCCACCAGUGCCGCCAGCAAACCCCGCGAAACGCAAGUUCGACGACAUCGACCUUGGCUUCAAUGUUGGACCACCUGCCCCUCAAAUGUCGUACGAGCGUUCCCGGCCUCAAACACCUGCCGUGACGCCUUCGCGCGAGAUACCGCAAUCACAGCAACACAACUACUUGGGCUCACCUCCACUUCCGAACGAACAGUAUUUGCCGCCAUCCCGGUCUCGAGGGGCGUCACGUUUACCGUCACGAGGACCUACACGGGCCAAUUCGCCCUUCAACGGGUAUUCGAUUCCUGCAACGCCGCCGGAUUUGUUCCUCGUCACGCGAGACUCACCGAACAUCUCGCAACAGUUGUGGGAGAACUUCCAGCCAGACCAGCUGUUCCCUGACGGCACGAUUGGGGAUGUGGUUGGUUUUAGUACAAGCCCGAUUCUAAACCAUGCGGUGGAUCCUCAGCUCCAGCAACUGCAGGGACAACAAACCGGGAUGGGAACUGCCGGGCAAGCGAUCCCCCAUAUAGAUAUAGCAGGGCAAGGACAGCAGCAGCCUCAAGUAUGGCCGCCUGGCAUGCAAGGGAUGAUGGGGGCAGGCAUGGAAUUGCAUGACAGUGACGGGUGGUCGACGAGCUCGCUCGGAAACGCACCGGUGGCGCCCACAACACUCAACGUGGAAGACUGGUUCCAGUUCUUUGGGAUCAAUGGCGAAAUGGCAGGCAUGAACAUGGACGGCACGUAG